AUGCUGAGGAUCGCCGCGGCGCCCUUGACAGUCCCACACCGGCCGGCACGUGUCUUUCGUUCGCCCCGAGGCCUUCUGCCACCGCCACAGGUUCCAGCGCGCGCGAUGCCGAAGAAGAAGGCGGACUCGGAGAGCGAGUUCGAGGAGUCGGACGAGGAGUUCCUCGACCUCCCGAAGAAGAAGACCAAGGCCAAGGCGAAGGCCAAGGCGCCUCCGAAGAAGAAGGCGAAGAAGGAGGAUUCCGACGACGAGGAAAAGCCGAAGAAGAAGGCGGCCCCGCGGGCCAAGAAGGCAGACAUCGUCGAGGGCGCGAAGAUCAAGAGCAACUUCACCAUGCACCCGCCCUCGCUGCUCUCGUACUCGCACCCGCCGGGCAAGGAGCUCCCCAACUCGGAGAAGUGCGCCAUGUACGACCUGGACGGCACGCUCGUCGUCCUCAAGACAGGCACCCCUCAGCGCGGGCCCACGAGCAACACCGACUUUGGCAUCUUCAACGACAAGACGACGCCCGCGCGCCUGAAGGAGCUGCACAGCCAGGGCUUCAAGAUCGUCAUCCUCUCGAACCAGGGCGGCGUCAAGUCCGCCCUGAACGGCGCCAUGGCCGAGAAGGUCACCAGCCGCGUGGUCAACGCCAUGGCCAAGAUCUCCCAGAAGGCCGAGCUCGACGAGCCGCUGCCGUACCAGGUCGUCAUGGCCACGAUGGACGACGACAACCGCAAGCCCAAGACCGGGAUGUUCGAGUUCUUCGUCGAGCACUUGAACGGCGGCGUGCGGCCCAGCGCGGAGUCCUUCUUCUGCGGGGACGCGGCGGGGCGCGACGGAGACUUCGCGCAGUCCGACAAGGAUUUCGCGGAGAAGAUCGGGUACGAGUUCCGCACGCCCGAGGACGAGUUCGGCAGCUGCUCGCACAAACAGUCGGCAGUCGUGGUCGGCGGGGAGAUGCCGAACAAGUCCCCGGAGCUGUGCGCGGCACUCACGGAGUUCGCGCAGCUCUGCCAGGACGCGUCGAAGCACAUCCCGGCGCCCGGCGUGGACCCGGACAUCCCCUUUGGCGAGGAGGGCAAGACCGCCAAGGGCCUCUCCUUCAAGGCCGGGGCGCUCCGGCGGGCCGUCGCGGAGAUCGAGUGCCUGCCGGAGCCGAUCACGAAGGACUGGAACAAGAAGCGGCUGAAGGAGAUCAAGGGCGUGGGCGACGGCACGGCGACGGCGAUCCUGGAGUGGUUUGCCUCGGGGGAGUUCACCAAGGCGGCAAAGUACAAGUGGUACCUCGAGAUCGCGGGGGGCAAGGACCCCGAGGUGCAAAAGAAGACGAAGAAGGCCGAGAAGCGCGCGGAGCAGGAGAACGCCGUCGCGCACAACCUGCUCUGA